AUGAAAGACCGGAAUGGCUGGGACGGAAAACUGAGAGUCGACGAUCAGGACAAUCGCCGAGCUGUUCUAGCGAAUCCGGAAGCUUUGGAGGAUCCUGAUUACUCAGACGAGGAUGCGCCGCCUGUCGAGGAGAUUGGGGCUGAUGAAGAUCUACUGGAGGACGAGGAUCCUGAUGCCGAAGAUAUAGAUCUGGUGCACUUAAGAAUAUCGAAUAUCACUGCGCUGAAGCUAGAACGAUUCACCAAGCUCGAGGUAAGCCUACACCACACCCACCACGAGACAGACCGAUUCACUUACGUAUUCCCCUGGAAUGCGCAGAGGCUAUGCCUUCGUCAAAACCAAAUCAGCCGCAUCGACCUCCCCUCUACCCUCGGUGCAACCCUCAGGGAACUCGAUCUCUACGACAACCUUAUCAGUCACAUCAAGGGACUCGACGACUUGACCAAUCUAACGCUGCUCGACCUGAGUUUCAACAAGAUCAAACAUAUCAAAAAUGUCUCGCACUUGACGAAGUUGACGGAUAUCUUCUUCGUGCAGAAUAGGAUCUCGACGAUAGAGGGCCUGGAGGAGCUGGUACAUUUGAGGAAUUUGGAGCUAGGGGCGAAUCGGAUUCGGGAAAUUCAAGGACUAGAUAAUCUCAAGGCGCUGGAGCAGUUGUGGCUGGGAAAGAACAAAAUAACCGAGAUGACGAAUCUAUCAUCUCUCACUAGUCUCAAAAUCCUCUCCAUUCAAUCGAACCGUCUCACCAGCAUAACCGGCCUUAGCGACCUUCCCAACCUCGAAGAACUUUACAUCUCCCACAACGCGCUCACCGACCUCACGGGUCUAGAGAACAACAAAAACCUCCGUGUCCUCGACUUUUCGAACAAUCGAGUUACAAAACUCGAAGGCUUGGCACAUCUGACUCAACUGGAAGAAGUAUGGGCGUCAAGCAACGGAUUAUCGAGCUUCGAGGAAGUGGAGCGCGAAUUGAGAGAUAAGGAGAAACUGGAGACGGUGUACUUCGAAGGAAACCCGUUGCAGUUGAAAACUCCGGCGUUAUAUAGGAACAAGGUGCGGUUGGCGUUGCCGCAGAUUAAGCAGAUUGAUGCUACUUAUGUGCGCGUUUCUUGA